AAGGCCUCAUUUUUCUAUGGUUUAGACAUUUGAGCAUGAUUUUACAGUUGAAUUAUAGACCAGGAACUUGGAACUAUUCUUUUCCCUCCUUAAUCAUGUGAAGCCAUUAAUUAAGCUGUUGCUCUUUAUUCAUAUGAGGAGUAUCCUAAGUUUUCUUGUUAAUGGUACCUGUUUCCUGAAUGUCGAAAUUGUAGUACAUUCGCUGUGCAAAGAGUGAUUAUGGGUGCUACAAUGUCACAGAACCACCCAUUGAUGCACCUCGAGAUCCAAUGUACAAAUCUGAGAGGGAGAUUCAUAAGGUAUUCCUGACAAAGCAUUUCAGAAACAGGAGGUUGGGUGACCCAGAGUUUGUGCUAGAUUUUGAGGAAAUUUAUGUUAUCGAUUCUAAAACAAAGUCGAUUACCAGAGCUAAAGUUUUGGUCACAGUUCCAAGAAGCAGAGAUAGAAAGAGUGAUUUACUUGUAAUUCGUGAUAAUGGGAACUCCUUCAGAAUUAUUCAUGCAAGCGAAAAAGAUGAUCCCACCACUGUGAUAGAGAGAGAAGAGUGGGUCAAGACCAGGCAAGACAUGGAGAGACAUCUAAGAAAGCUUCGGGAUUUCAGCACUUCAAAUUGGUUCUGAUCAACCUGCAGAACUAUGU